AUGAAGAGGGAAAUUAACGUGACCAAUGAGUCCUAUCCAGAAAAUCCACAGCUAGAGCAGUACACUGCAAUGCCAGCCGAGUUUAACCAGGAGUCCGCCAACAGGUUAGGAGAAGAAUUAAGAUAUAAUUCCUACUAUGAUAUUAGCUCCGGGAAUCGAAAUGCAGGCUCUGGCAACAGGAAUUCGGCAUAUGAUAGCCUACUGAUGGAACCGAUAAAUGAGCCAGGAGUAGAUGAAAAGAAAUCCGUUGUCAGGGGUCCUCGACGACGACUAUUCAGAAGCUGGAUGUGGGAAAUCGGCGCAUGCUUUCUUAGCCUCGCUAGUAUUGCAUCCGUGAUAGCGGUUCUAUCCGUCGAAAACCACAAACCCCUGGAUCAGUGGGAUUGGAGCAUAGGUCCGACAGCUGUAGUAUCCUUCAUCGCGACGAUCGCGAAGUCCGCCAUGUUAGUCGCUAUAGCUGAGGUUCUUAGCCAACUUAAGUGGCAGCAUUUUCAUGGCCAGAGCCAUCCUCUGAUUGACGUUGAGAUUUUCGAUGGGGCUAGUCGGGGACCAUUAGGGGCGUUCCAGCUCUUGUGGAGGAAAAAUAUUCGGACGCUGCUGGCAUCCUUGGCUGCGAUCGUUGUUAUAGUGUCAAUGCUCGUCGACCCGUUCGUGCAAUUGGUUUUUGAAUUUCCUGCUCUGUCCCAGCCGGUUUCGACUGCCAGCGCACUCUUAAAUCAGACGCAAGUAUACGAUCCGAAUGGGUAUAUCAUAGAUGCCCAUCUUACGGGGACUACAGCGUCGGCUGUCAACGCACAGAUGCAAGCAGCAAUUAUCAAAGCAGUUUCCGAACAGCCACAACCGCCCGCAGCUACCUGCAGCACUGGAAACUGUACAUGGCCUCCUAUCACCACACUUGGGGUCUGCGCCGACUGUACAGAUGUUACGCCACAAGUCAAUAUAAGUUGCCCCGGCCCCACGGAAGCAAAUCAUGGGCAGUAUCAAUGUGACUACGGCAUGCCGUCGGGACGCUCAGAUGCGCUCUUGGCCUACGUAGAAGCUGUGCAACUCAAAGCAGCAUUUGAUUAUGGUACUGACGACAUGUCAUCGAUACUUCGGCAGCCAACUGCUUGGACGUGUACCUUCGCCCUUUGCGCUAAGACUUACGACAGUCUAAGCAUGACGAAUGGAGAAAUUAGCACCUCGACACCAACCGAAAACCUUAUGGUUCUCACCGGCAAUAUUACCAAUGGAACUACACCUGUAGGGGGAGGACUUUCUGGCUUGUCUUUUUACCAAGGGCUGAGGGCCAACUCCAGCUCGUCUUCGGAAGAUACGUACCGUAUCAACCAAGCAGAUUAUGCGAAUUUGGCAAAUUACCUCAGCGAGCUUUUUUCUACAGGUUGGGGCGAAAGAGGGUUUGGGGCGUCGAAUCGCGUACAGCAGUCAACUGCACCGAACCUGGGAUGGGGGCUCUCAGAAGCCGAUGACCUUGCGCAGACGGUCCGAAGCAUUGCUGAAGGUAUGACGGAGAUUAUGCGAAACAGCCGCAACAGCACGCCUAUAGCAGGAGAGGCGCUCCGUACUCAGGUCUACAUCGAAGUCCAGUGGGGAUGGGUUGCAUUACCUAUUACCCUCAUCGUACUAAGCCUCUUCCUCCUCGUGGUCAUGGUUGUAAGGACUCAUAGGAGCGACUUACCCGUCUGGAAGAGCUCUAGCAUAGCCCUCCUUUCUCACGAAGUGAAUGGCUGGACUCCUGGGAGUGGAGUCAUGCGAGAGACCUCCACACUGAAUAAGGAGGCAAGAGAUAUAUCGGUCAGGCUGCUGAGCGACUCACAGGACAUGAGGUUCGUCAAGAGUUAA